GCGCUGCGCCUGCGCACGCCAGCCCUCUUUGUUUGUUGACAAGCGCAGCUCCUCUGUUUGCGAUCGGACGCCGUGCGCGACGGACGUGGUAGCUCUGCACUUUGCAUACAACACGCGAAUUUUGUGUUACCGUGCUAACUGUAGUUAAUUCAGUGUUGUUUUGUUAUACGUACUAUUGUACUGUUUAUAUUUGUCCAAUAAAUUGUGAAAAGUGUGUUUUGGAUCGCUAAUCUGUUGUCAACGACGAAAAUUACGUCUCAGUUCUGUCAGAAGAGGGUGGCGGGGCCGGGCGCGAGCGGGGAGCGCGGCGCGCGGGGGGGCAGCGCGCGCGGCAGCUGACCGCCGGCGGCGGCUCAUGUGGGCGGCCGGCGCGUGCUGCGCGCGCCCGCCAGCUAGCAGGCACUCAUGCGUGACGGGGUGAGUAAACGUGGCGGGGUGGCAGGCGAGGGCGCCGGCGCGGCCGCGCGCGCGCCGGUCAAGACCUUCCAGGCCUACCUGCCGCCGGCGCACCGCACCUACAGCUGCAUACACUGCCGCGCGCACCUGGCCAGCCACGACGAGCUCAUCUCGAAGUCGUUCCAGGGCAGCCAGGGGCGCGCGUAUCUUUUCAAUUCAGUUGUGAACGUGGGCUGCGGCCCGGCGGAGGAGCGCGUGCUGCUGACGGGGCUGCACGCUGUCGCCGAUAUCUACUGCGAGUGUUGCAAAACCAUGCUCGGAUGGAAAUAUGAGCACGCAUUUGAGUCGAGUCAGAAAUACAAGGAGGGCAAGUUCAUCAUAGAACUGGCGCACAUGGUGAAGGAGAACGGCUGGGACUAGCCGCCCCCCGCGCCGCGCCCACGCCCCCUCGCCCCACACACGAUAAAUAGUAUAUUUUUGUCAAACGAAUAAUUCUUAUUGGGAGUUCGUGUGUGGGGCGUGAGGGGCGAGUGUGGGGCGUGAGGGGGAUGUGUGGGGCGUGCGGGGCGUGCGGCCCCACGCCGCGACCUACGCAUAAGUAACCGAUCUCAGCCGGCCGCGGCCGCAUUGGGCUUACAAUUGUAAUGUAAUGGGAUUCUUCCCAACCGUCACCCCGCUAUGUCCCCACGUGGGAACAGAUGGGAAUAAAAAGUUUCAUCCGUCCUACCUUUUAGUCCCACUAUCAGCAAUAAGGCGACAGAUGGAACCGUUUUAAAAUAAAGUAAGUUCCAACCCCUCGUCGCAAAGGGUGGGACGGCUGAAACUUUCUAUUCUCAUCUGUUCCCACGUGGGGACGGAGCGGGGUGACGGUAGGGAAUAGUCCAUGUAAUGUUAGUUACGGAGGAUGGCGCCGCUCGGGCGGGUGUACCUUAAGUUGUAUUAGUUGUAACAGCCGCAGCGAGAGAACGCCGUUUAAUUUCUCUUGUCCCCUUACCUGUGAUAAGUACCUUAGUAUAGAACUUUUUUUUGGAUUACUUGAUUUUUCAAGAGUCGCUCGGGAACGGACGCGUUCCUCCUCUCUGCUGUACAAUCGCUUUCGAUUUUGUUUUACGUUUCGAGGAAACUAGUCGCGGAGGUGAAUUCGUUUUUUUUUUAAUAUGCGUCAGAAUUUGUGAUCGCUAGCUUUAGUUAUGAAUACUUUACGAUUCCUUCGUAUUUGUAAUGUCAAUUCUCAUUUAUUCACGUAGAAUUGUUUAAACUUUAUAUUCCUUAUCGAGUGUGAGCUGCCGAUAGCGGCGACGAUUUUAUACUGAAGGAGCGGCGUUUUAUUAUUCAUUUAUUGUUUCUAUUUUAAUGUAAUACUUAGUGACAUUUAACCUUGUAUUUUACUGUAACGUGCAUUGUGUUUAUUGCCUGAGUGCAGUCCGAGCUUCAAUGUAACAUCAUUAGUUAACGAACGUUAUUUACGAAACAUUCGAUUGCGUACUUUGGGAACAUUUUGUUUUAAACAGUGAUUGCAACUCGAGAAAUUCAAGUGUUCCAAGUACGUAAUAUCAUAGACUAUUGUAAUAUUAAAAGUAUGAAUAAUGAGGUAUGUACGAUGCAAUUAGUAUAUAAUCCGCACGUGCAUGUCAACGGAAACCGCCUCCAUGUGUACUAAAAGUCGGCCAUUUUGUUCUCAUAGACAAAUGAUGGACUCAAGAAAUUAUAGUGAUGCUCAAUGCGAUAUAUCAGAGGUUAUUGUUUUAAUAAUUAUAACAAAAUAAUUAUUAUUACAAUAAUAUAUUUAAAUAUAAAACAUUUGUCGGUGAGGUUACGAGGAGCGUUAUUACUGCCACUAGUGAUAUUUUUAAUAUAUUUAAAAAGUUCAAUAAGUCACGCCCGUUAGUGGAAAAAAACAAUUAUUUUUACAUAUGUGAAUAGUCUGCUAAAUUUAGGCGUUUCAAAUUUGUCUAGAUUAAGACCAUGUUGCCAUGUAAUUAUUUUUUCACGUGUCUGCGACCCGUUUUAUAAGUUGAAUAUUUCGUUAUUUCACUUAUAAAAAGGAUCACAAGUCAAUUUUAACACCAAUAAAUGUAAAUGUACGAAUGCUGUAAUGAAUUUAUAUGGCCUAAAUGUGAACUGGCAUUGGAAAGCAUUUCUAGAUUUUAAAACUGUUACGUCCUGUCCCACCAAAUUGUAAAUUGUCAGAUAACAAUCCAACGUGUAAAAUAUGUGAUGGUAACAUCGUAUUUUGUUUUUAACCUAUCUGUGCCUCUAACAGCCAGUGUUGGGACAGGCCCUUAAAAUUGCAAAUGUUUGUUAAAAUCCGUCUUUAAAUGAAACCAACCGCUCUUUUCAUUGAAAAGUGUGAGUUGAAAUCAAUUUUGUUUCGAUUAUAGAAAAUUAAUUGGCAUAACAACAAUAAAAAUAAUCGCUUAGCUAAAUAACAUUGUUAGGCCGUUAUUAAAUUAAAGAGUAAAUUCGUAAUAGUGUUCAGUACCUUAAAAUAGUUCCGAAUAGAAUUACCGCCAAUUACUUUUCUAUUACAGUAGACUUGUAUUAGAAUGUUUAUUAAAUAGACUUGAUAAUAGGACCAGAGAUUCUCAAAUUAGUGCAUAAAAAGACCUAGUUUAAAAUGGGGUAGACAAAGCAAUAACAUUUUGCAUUUCACACGAAAAGUUUGAAAAUCACUGGUCUGUGCAAUAUUUCGCCGUACGUCACGUAUGAAACAAUGUAAAAGUGAGAAAAAAUUGAGAAAAAAAAAUGCUAGAUUUCUGUGAAGCAUAUUUGAUGUAUUUUUCUACUUGAUCGUUUAGGAAUGGUAUUAGAUAUUUUUGGACCACUGUUAGGGUAAAAUCAGUAUUGGAGAAAUAAAUAGUUUUGGUGAAUGUUUCAACAUUGUGAUUGUUGGUCGAGAAUAGAGGUUUAAAUGCUUUUUCUUAGAUGUAAAAUGCACUGGACAUAUUCCUAAUAUACGAAGAUCUUAUCAAAAACAAUUCUUAUCUUCAUACUUAGUUUUAUUUUUUUUUUAUUCCAGUUUCUAUACAAAAUCUUUUCGGAAUAUUAAUAUUGAAAUAAUUUGAUGUGAUAACGUGAUAUUAUAUGAACGUUUUAAGCAAAUUUUAACGUUUCUGAGCCGAAUUUACUAGCGAGAGCCUUAAGUGAUUGAAAAAUGCGAACUUAAAUGCAAGGCUUCUGACGUCAUCACGUUAAAUUAUUUGUAAACAGACUGUAAAUAUUUUUUUAAAUUCACUCCUAAACAAGUGAAUAAGUUUCAGUUUUUUUAUGUGUCUUAUUUUUAUCGUUUCCAUUACUAAAAUAUGUAAAAAUAUAUCAUUUAACUAUUUGUGGUUCAGUGUAAGCCCACGGUUAUGUUCAGUGCUAAACUUGCAUAAGGUAUCCGUUAGUUUAUCUGAAAUAAACCGCUUAAUAUUUUUGUAUUUUCGUAGCGUGAGAUGCUGCGAAACAUGUUUCGUGUCUAACGGCCGUGUAUGCAUUAUGCUAUAGUGUUUCGUAAAACAUUUGGUUGAAAUAAUAAGUGCGUAAUAAAACAUUAUUUCUUAUUAAAAA